AUGGAGGGGAAGUACCUGCUCAUAUGUGUAUGGCCGCUGAGCCUCUGUGCUGGUCCCAGUCUGUCCAAGGUGGUGCUCAACGAGCCGGCAACGGUGGCAUACGAGCCCCUGCAAAUCGCUUUCCAGAAGUGCGAACAUCCUCUAGACUAUGAAGAGAGUUCAGAGAGACACCUGUCCAUCACCAUAGAGAAUGAGAAGCCAUACUUCACCUGUCAGGUAAAAAGGAAGACUUCCAUUGGCCCCUGGGAGGUGAUCAACUCUGUGGCCACGCCUCUCUCUAAGAACUUUACCAUCAUGGUGGAGGACGCCAAUGACCCCCCAGCAUUCACAGAAACUGUAAAAGAGGUCUGGGUGGAGGAAAACAAGGAGACUGGAUACCCUCUGGGGAGUCUUUUUGCUAAGGACCCAGACAGAUUCUUCUCAAGUGACAUCACGUACAUGAAGGGUGGUGACCCUGGUGACUGGGUGAAUGUGAACCUCCAAACCUGCGAGAUUACAACGGCUAGGACAUUGGACAGAGAAUCAGUCCAUGUGGUGAACAACACAUACACUGUAACUGUAUAUGCAGUUGAUAAAGGCAGGCCUCCUCUGACUGGUACAGGAACACUCAUCAUCCACAUAUUGGACCAGAAUGACGAAUUGCCUCAGCUGAAAGAGUCUGCUCUCUCCAUGUGCCUGUCGGACCGACCGACCACGGCCACAGUCAGCGCCUUUGACCUGGACGAGCAUCCGCACAGUGGCCCAUUUCGGUUUGAGCUGCUUGGUGACGUGAAGGAGGAAUGGGAUAUCUCCCCCACCCAUGGGACCACAGUAAAUCUGAGUAUGAAGAGCAGGGCUUAUACAGGGCUUCACCAGCUGCAGCUGAAGGUCUAUGACCUCGAGGGAAGCUUCUCUCUACAGACUCUCUCAGUAACCGUGUGUGACUGUUCUGUCACCCCCACCUGCAUGACCCGUGCAUCAGCCAGUACCGGAGUCAGUGGAAGUGCCACUGUGAUCAUGCUGUUUGCCUCACUCGUGCUCCUGGGUUUGCUGCUGAUGGCAAUCUCUGUCUCUUGUAAGAGACGCAUGUUCCAAAUAAUAAAAGAAGAUCCUAACGAGAGCUGGCUUUCAUUCAAUGUAGAAAACCCUGGAACUGACUGUGAGGUUCCCUGCCUACCCCUCCUUAUGCAGGCAGAUAACCUUCCAAUGGAGAACAGACUCGGACAGGUAAUUCAGAAAGGAGAACCUCCAGACUUCAAAUCCCCCAGAAAUAACUAUCUGCCUGUGAAUGGGGGUUUCACCAAGGAAGAUGAAGCCCUGUGGUCUUUGCUUGGACAGGUACUGCAGUACUCCCUAACAGACUGUCAGGAGCUGAGCGACUACAACCCCAGAGUUUAUGCUUACGAGGGAGAUCUAAGCCCUGAUGCAGAGCUGGAGAGCAUAUGCACCGAUGAGGAAGAAGCCAACUUUUCGCCACUAGACCUCCUGGAACUGGAUCGGAAAUUCAUUAAACUGGCAGAGAUACUCAUCCCUCACCCAGCACUCCGCUGAAGCAGUUGGUUGGCCUAGAAAACCUGCCCAGGCUGCAACGUGAGUUGUCCAUUAAUGGAGCAGGCCACAGCUGUCAUAUCUAAUCUGAAAUUUUGGUCAUAAAUCUUCAUAACCCUUUACCUGGCUGACAUUUUUAUUCCCAAACAUUCCCAGAACUUUAGGAAAGUUUGGGUAACCGUUCCCAACAUGUCCAUUUGUCCUGUUUUUUGUAUGUCCUUCUGACAUUAUCUUUAAUCCAGUGGACCAUUGCAGGAAAGGCCUUCAUUCAGUUAUGCCAAUGCUGGCAUUGUCAUAGCAAUGUAAAAAUAAAGUGCAUAAACAAAGCCCCAACGUUCAUCAACAAAGCUUCAAUGUUAUUAAAUCAAUAUAAACACA